CUGAAAUUGGGUGAAAUUGUAACCACAAUUCCAACAAUUGGAUUUAAUGUUGAAACAGUCGAAUACAAAAAUAUCAGCUUCACCGUUUGGGAUGUUGGGGGACAGGACAAAAUAAGACCUCUCUGGAGGCAUUAUUUUCAGAAUACACAGGGCUUAAUCUUUGUCAUUGAUAGCAAUGACAGAGAACGCAUCGGAGAGGCAGCUGAUGAGCUAAACAAGAUGUUGUCAGAGGAUGAGUUGCGUGAUGCAGUUGUACUUAUCUUUGCGAAUAAACAAGACCUUCCUAAUGCUAUGUCGGUCUCAGAAAUCACUGAGCAUCUCAAAUUGAAGAACCAUCGUAAUCGAUCUUGGUUCAUACAAACGGCAUGCGCCACACAGGGCCAAGGACUAUAUGAUGGCCUGGAUUGGCUUUCUAACGAAUUGGGCCGUCGUGGAUAA